CGUACGGGUACGCGCCGCCGCUACCAGGACGAUGGAAUCUCAGAUGAUGAAAUUGAAGGGAAGCGAAUGUUCGACCUGGAUGAAAAGUUGAAGUGCGUCAGGUUUAGCUCUGACUUGAUCAAGCACAUGGAGGGUAAAGAUUUCACAUUUGAAUACAUCCAAAGAGAAGGUCUCCGGGACCCCAUUAUCUUUGAGACAGGUGAUGGCCUUGGCAUACAAAUGCCAGACCCUGAUUUCAGUGUGAGUGAUGUCAAGUUGUUUGUCGGUAGUCGACGCAUUGUAGACGUGAUGGACGUGAACACGCAGAAGGGAAUCGAGAUGUCAAUGGCUCAGUGGCGACGCUACUAUGAGACGCCACCAUCAGAAAGAGAAAAACUCUACAAUGUAAUCAGCCUGGAGUUCAGCCACACCAGGCUGGAGAAUCUGGUCAAAAGACCUGCUUCGGUUGACCUUAUUGACUGGGUGGACAACAUGUGGCCCCGCCAUCUCAAGGAAAGACAGAGAGACUCCACUAAUGCCAUCAUAGACAUGCAUUAUCCCAAAGUGCAGAAGUACUGUCUCAUGAGUGUGCAGGGCUGCUUCACAGAUUUCCACAUAGACUUUGGAGGCACUUCAGUCUGGUACCACAUCCUGCGAGGAGGAAAGGUGUUCUGGCUGAUUCCACCCACGCCGCAGAACCUGGAGAUGUAUGAGAACUGGGUUUUAUCAGGAAAACAGGGAGACAUCUUCUUGGGGGACAAGUGUCACGACUGUCAGAGGAUACAGCUCAAGCAGGGCAACACCUUCAUCAUCCCAUCAGGGUGGAUCCAUGCCGUGUACACCCCAGAGGACACGUUGGUGUUUGGGGGGAAUUUCCUCCACAGCUUUAACAUCCCCAUGCAGCUCAACAUCUACAGCAUUGAGGAUCGCACACGGGUGCCACCAAAGUUCCGCUACCCGUUCUACUACGAGAUGUGCUGGUAUGUCCUGGAGCGAUACCUCUACUGUCUAACCAACAUCUCCCACCUCACUCCUGAGUUCCAAAAAUACUCACUAGGCAUAGGACUGACCCAGGCUGACCUUGAGACCAGUAACCCCACUGGGAAUGGCACGUCCAAUGGAGUUGAGCGUGAAACUGAAACCGAGACGGUCAACUUCAAGGAAGAAGAAGUCAAAGAAGAAGAGGCGGCUCAAGUUUUCACACCUCGGCAUGUGCUGACUACCUUUGAGCUGGAGGGACUGCGUAACCUCUUAGGGAAGCUGGAGGAAUUGCCAUCCCACAAAAAGUGUGUCCCUGCUGGCAUCAGGAAUGCCACAGCCCUGCUCGACGACAUGAGGGCUGUUCUGGAGGCACAUGCCAAUGAUAACCCCAAGCUGGCGUACACUGGAGAGCCUAUUGUCAAGUGGCCCGAAAGGCCAGCAUGGUACCAGCCCCCAACUCCCCCUCCCCCCGUCAUGUCCCGUCCUCGCUUGGCCCCCACCCUCCACAAGUCUCAUGGACAGAGGUCCACCACACGCUCCUCCACUGCCUUGCCGAACACUGCUCGAUGUGCUAUAUGUGGAGAAGGGGAAUCAGAUGAAUCAAAUCCGAGCACUCACUCACUCAUGGAGUGCUCUGUCUGCUCACAGAUUGCCCAUCGUCAGUGCAUUAAGGAACCCGGUGAGGGGAAGAUCAAUAAGGAUUUGCCCAGCUGCUGGGAAUGUCCCAAAUGCUACCAAGGCAAAAGCUCAGCAUCAGAGUCUUCCAGUGAUGAAGAAAGUGAAGAGUCAGAGGGCUCAACCUCCUUGCCACCGUCCAAACUUGCGUACCGGGAAGGCAUCGGUGUAGGUGAAGGGGCGAAAAGGGGGAGACGUAGCAGACCCCCGUCCAGACCCACAGCACCACCACCUUCUCAGAAACUGCUACUGCAGCAUCAGCAAAACCGCAAGAGAGCAAGUGCACUGGAGCACAGACUUAAAAAGAGGAUAAAACUGGAGCGCAGCAAAAUCCUAACGAAACAAUCUCUAGAUCGUUCUCCCAGGCUGCUGAGCUCCAGGGUGCUGUCCCGGCUGCGCUCUCCCACCAGCAGAUUAUCUCAGGGCAGAGGCCGAAGCUCCACCUGGGCGAGUGGCUCCUCUUACCACAGCGCUCCAGGAGGGACGGGGUCCUUCCAGCAACAGCAGUCUUCCCUCGGUCUGGUACUUGAGUCCAAGGGAGAGCCCCGCAGAGGGAGGGGGAGAGGGGUGAGGCUGCGGGGAGGAGGAGCAGGAAGAGGAAUCAGAAGUGGUAGAAGCCAUGGAGAGUUGGAGGAGGAGGACGACGAGGAGGAGGAGGAGGACGAGGAGAGCGAGGACAGCAGCAGCAGCAGCAGCACAAACAGCAGCAGCAGCGACGAGGAAGAGGAGAGAGGGCAGAACAGUGGGAGGGGAUUGGAUAAAGAGAACCAGCCGCAGUCGAGACGAGGAGGACGCGCAGCCAAAGAAAGAGAAGAGGAAGGUAGUGAGGUGGCCAACCAAAACGGUGCAGAGGAGGAUGACGUGGAGGAAAUGGAGCAGGACAGUCAAAUGGGGGGUAAAGAUGGCUCAUAUCUUAAAGUGACACUCCAAAAACCAACCAGAGCUAAGCGGGACCCAUCAGCAAUUGUCCCCAAAUUAGAGGCUGUUGCCCCUCCAACCGCCACUUCAGCAAUACACAACCAGACCAGAGCCCUCGUCAGACCCCCCAUUAGAAAUCGCGGACCCUGUCCUGAUCAACACUCCAAUAGACACACACCACCACACACUCGCAGUGGACACACAGACACUCGUACCUCCCACCCAGAGAGGCCAGAGGCCUCUAAAAGAACAAAGCCGAGCAGGUCGGCUAAACUGAGCAAUGGCGCCUCUUGUUCUUCAACCUCUGAGCUUGCUCAUCUCCGCAUCCCUCUGUCCGCCCUGCAGGAAGGAGGGAGCGAGGCAGACAGGGAGAAUGGAGGAAGCGGGCCGGGCUGUGAGAGGGAGGUGUGGGUGUCCGUCUUUCGCUACUUAAGUCGAGCAGAUCUCUGCGUCUGCAUGGCUGUCUGCAAGAACUGGUACAAAUGGUGUUUAGACAAGCGGCUUUGGGCACGGAUCGACCUUAGCAUCAAACGCACUGUUACUCCUCAGGCCCUAACAGGCAUCAUAAAGAGACAACCGGUCACACUCGACCUCUCUUGGACCAACAUCUCUAAAAAGCAGCUGAACUGGCUUGUUGGCCGCCUGCCUGGGCUGAAGGAUCUGAUGCUGGCAGGUUGUUCCUGGUCAUCUAUUUCAGCUCUCUGCUCUUCUAGUUGCCCUCUCCUCCGUUCUCUGGACCUGCGGUAUGCAGAUGGGGUCAAAGACUCUCAAAUCAGGGAUCUAGUCACCCCUCCAGGCUGUGACAAUCGCAGUCAGUUGCGGACCAUGCAGUGUUUGCGACUAGCAGGCCUGGACAUCAGUGACUCCACUCUGCGCCUAGUGAUCCGCCACAUGCCCCAUUUAACAAAACUGGACCUCUCCCACUGCAACAGUCUCACCGACCACUCCAUCAACCUGCUGACUGCAGUGGGCUCAUCCACCCGAAACACGCUCACAGAACUCAACCUGACAGGCUGCAGUAAACUGACAGACGCGUGUCUAAAGUAUCUCCGGCGCCUCUCUUGCAUCUCACUGCUCGACCUGCGAAGCUGCAAAGGUGUCACCCGCAAGGGCUGCGAGGACUUCAUUUCUGAGCUGUCCGUCAACACGCUCUACUGCCUAUCAGAUGAAAAACUGAUCCAGAGGAUAUCCUAAGCACCCGCCUCCUCUGACUGCACAGGGGAUUUGAGGUGCGAAGGCAAGAGAACAGAUCCUGAUGUGAAUCUGUGUGACACAAGGGACACAGACAGGCAGGGAAGUUCACGUGCACCUGUAUCACGUAAAAAAGGAGGGGUGGGGUCUAAACUGGGAGUGCUUUACUCACUUAAAUGGUGUUGGUGAAAGGGGUUGUCACAGCUGGAACAAUUUUUGUUUUCAACGUUAUAUACAUUUUAUUUCCAGUGUACCUAAAGAGAGACUCAGGAGCUUUUUUUUUUCUGUUGUUCUUUUGGGAAUUAAUGUUGUGUGGAAAAAGCAAAAUGACUUUUUUUUUUUGAAUUGCCAGGAGUGGGAGGAUAUGGGCAAUUUAUUAGCUGUAUUAAACUACACAUCCUUUGGAUAAGCAAGUGCUCAGCCCUUCUUUGGACGGACGCCAGGCUUGACUCCCAUCCUGCCGAGAGAGAGAGAGAGAGAGAGAGAGAGAGAGAUAAGCAAAGACUUGUGAGUUUCAUCCUUGGGGUAUAACUGCAUUGUUCUGUUUGGCUGAUCCCCAUUAAGUCUUAUUUAUCAUCCGACUAAUUUUAACUCAUUUUUCAGCUCAGUUUGGCUGCUGCAAAUAGAUGGCUAUUUUUUGUCAGAUUCAAGAGAGCAAACGUUGUUUGAUGACUUACGCUUUAUGCACAUCUAUGCUUUGAGAUUUUUUUUUUUUUUUUUUUUAAGACUACUAAAGGUGACGUAUCUUUCACAUUAUGACUUAUAAAGUGAGUGACUGGAAUGGCCUGUGUUUACCAGACGUAUGUUCAGCUCAAUAAGGCACUUGGGGGCAACAGUAAUCCAGUGGUGUACUUGAUGGGUAUACAUGGACAGUGAGUGAGUGAGUGGGUGUAGGUGUGGAGGUAUAAAAGGGUAAAAAAAAGACAGUGUGAGAAGGCAAUCGACAUGGCAACAAGACCUCACCCCAACAGUGGGCAGGUUGCAUUAAGUGUACGGGGUCAGCCAAGGGUUAGGUGUCAGAUAAAUGGUGCAUCUAAAAACAACUGUUAGACUUCAGGUGCUAUUAUUUCCAAACUCCUUUUAUUUUGUUUUUGUACAGAGACAUUUAGAGCAAAAAUGUUAAUAUUCUAGAUGAAACUUCUCCCUGCCCCCUCUUUGAUAAACAGAAUUUCAUGACCUUGUCCAAUUCAAUGUAGAGAAAUAUGAUUUUGUUUGGGAGGGGUUGCUCCUUUCUUUGUUCCCCUUAAAAGUGUAGUGGUUCUGUGUCACAGGUCUCCUCCCAGACCGCUCUCCUGGCCAUAACCCUUCAAAUGAAUAUAAGUAUAUAUAUAUAUAUAUAUAUAUAUACUUUUGUGUAAAUGUGUUUUCCUCUUUUCGAGUAUCAAAAUGGGAAUCCUGUAGCAUUGUAAUUAUUUUCAGAAGCCUUUUUCACUUUAUGUUAUUUGUGUUAUUUUUCAAGAAAAAUAAAAAAAUAUCAACAAUA